AUGGAGCACUUCCGAAUCUGCCCCGUGAGCAGCUACUACCAAAGGAUCCUCCUGCCGGUGUCCUACAGCCUUGUGUUCCUGCUGGGCUUGAGCUUAAACGGCGCCCUGCUGUGGUGCGUGUGCUGCGGGACGCGCCGCUGGAGCAGCACGGCCAUCUACAUGAGCAACCUUGCCAUGGCGGAUCUGCUCUACGUGCUGGCCAUGCCCCCCCUCAUCAUCGCCAACGCCAUGGACGGCCUGUGGCCCUUCGGCAACGUCCUCUGCAAAUGCGUCAGAUUCUUCUUUUUUGUCAACCUCCACUGCAGCAUGAUGUUUCUCACUUGCAUCAGCGUGCACCGCUUCCUCGGAGUGUGCUUCCCCAUCGCCGCUGUGCGCCACAGGACCAAACGGGUCGCCCUCUUUGCGUCGGGCACGGUUUGGGUCCUGGCCGCUGCGGAGAUUUUUCCAACACUGGUUUUCGCGCACACCGGUGUGAUCAACAACGUGACUGUGUGCUUUGAAAUGACGAACCCGGAGCAUUUUAAAGUUUACUUCCCAUACGGGCUGUUUUUAGCCGUAGUGGGUUUUCUGGUCCCGUUCCUCGUCGUGGUCACCUGUUACUGCUCUAUGAUGAGGGCGCUUUACUGCAGGGCCGCGGACAGAAUCUCUAAUUGCAGGGCGGCUUGCAUGCGCAACAAGUCCCUGUACACCCUCCUGGCCGUGUGCCUCGUGUUCGUGGUGUGUUUUGUGCCUUAUCACGUUGCUCGGACCGUCUACCUGUUUGUGAGGGUCUACAUGCCCGAAGACUGUGCUCUGGUGAACACGGCCAUGAUCUCCUUCAAGGCCUGGAAGCCUGUGGUCAGCCUAAACUGCUGCGCAAAUCCCCUCCUCUACUUUUUCGGCUCUGGUCGCCACCGUGAGAAGGUAAGGGCCUGGCUGUGGAGGAGGAAGAAGAGAGUGCAGCCCAGCGUGUGUCUGGUGGACGUGGGCAGCGCAAACAGGUCCGGAGGGUAG